AUGUCACUACUUGAAAGUAAAUGGAUAAAGACGCACUCUUCGCCGUCUUCAAUCACCAAACCUCACUCUACAAGUUAUCUCACUGCGAUUCUCCCCUUAGAUUCAUCUUUGGCCGUGUCUUCUCAACAAAACGUUCUCCUCCUAGAUAGGGCUAAUUUAAAACCACGUAGUAUAAUUCCACAUCAAAGUAGAGUUUCCAAGCUAAUUGGUUGUCCUCAUGACCCAAACGCUGUCGCUUCUGCUGAUUUCGACGGCAAUGUUUGGCUUUGGGAUCAGAGAAUGAACGGUGAUAACGCAACAAACGUACUCGUUAAGUCUACAAAAGGUAAAAAGGCUCCUAUUCAAGCUCUUGCGCUUGAUUCUUCAAGUAAUGCCUUAGCUGCAGGCACAGAGCUCGUCAACGACGACGCUAGCGCUAUCAUUUGGGAUAUACGAAACACCAAGACUCACCUCAGAAGAUAUGAUGAACUGCACUCUGAUGAUAUCACCACUCUCAAAUUCCUACCAAACAACCAUCUUCUUACCGCUGCUACUGAUGGUUUGCUCAUGUAUGUAGAUCCAAGCAUAGAAGACGAUAACGACGCUAGUAUGGGAUGCGUCAACGUCGGUUCUAGUAUUGCAGACGCUGGCCUCCUGUCCGACGGAACCAUAUACGCCUUCACUGACAUGCAAAGCGCUGCAUUUUACACUCUUGAUAGUGAGAAUGAAAUCGAAUUGCAGAAAGAUUUGGGCGACAUUAGACAGCGGUCGCUCGAUAAUCGCUGGGAUAAUGAUUAUAUAAUCAAUAUCACAGAGUUAGAAAACAACUUAGUAAUGUUUGGCGGUAGAUCGAGCGGAGAAUUUUCAAUAAUGACAGACUUAAAGUCUGAUAGCAUCCAGCUGGAAAGAGUCAUGAAAGGCGGUCAUUCAGAACUUAUCAGAGCUGUCGCCUUUGAUAAACAGCUGAACGCAAUCGUUUCAGUGGCGGAGGAUGCAAAAAUUGCUGUAUGGAAUGUGCAAGACGCCUCUAAUGGAUUCAGACUGGAGAGACCGCGAGACGAAGAAGACGUUGAAAUGGAAGAGCCAAGUUCGUCAAAGAAAUCUCGACAAUAG